AUACUUUCCAAUCCCAUUUCUUCUCAUCCGCUGGAAUGAUGCCCGCGGCCGUAGAUGGCAGGCAAUGAUCACUAGCCCCGUUUUGUGAUUGAGGAAACGGGCCCAGAGGCCAGUCCGGGCUCCCACUCUGUGUAAACAGAGGCCCUGGACUCGAACCCUUGGUUCCGACACCCGGCGCUCCGGAGUUGCAAAGCUGGCUGGGAAAACUACAUUUCCCAGCAGGCCUUGCAAACGCGCGCAGGCCCAGUGGGCCGGGAGCGCUGCGCGAACAGACCUGCCGGCGCCGCGCCCCCGCGGGACUGUCCUCCCCGGGCGUGGGGCCCUGGGGGCCGUGCAGGCUGAGGCCACCUCGGUGUGGGAAGUGAGUGGCCCGGCGGGGCAGAGCGACGUCUGGAGCCGGCAGCUGAGAUGCUGGUCCAGGCAUGGAAUUCCUGACGACGCCCCAGUCCCCCCCCGGCCCUCCAGCUAUGGACUUGGAGGAGCCCCGGGACGCACCUUCACCCACUCAGGACCUCACCCCCAGCUGCCCGUGGGACCCGGUGCCGGGCGGCUCCGGCAGCCUGAAUCAGAUGGACCUCGACGGGCCGAGUAUCCAGGAACUGGUGCACCAGUUUGAGGCUCUGCCUGGUGAUCUGGCGAGCCUGGCCCCGGACGGCCCUCCCUGCCCCCUGCACGUUGCCACCGGCCACGGCCUGACCUCCCGGGACGUUGCUGAUGCCCACGGGCUCUUGUCGGCCGAGGCCGGCCGGGACGACCUGCUGAGCCUUCUGCACCACCAGGAGUGUCCUCCCCCCCAGCCUCGUCCGAAGGAGCCGCCAGACCCCGUGCCUCGCCUGUUGCAGCCCCCAGAAGACCCGGACGAGGAGCCCGGCGCCCCUGAAUGGCCGGAGGGAGCUUCUGCCGAGCAGGGUGGCAGCCGGAGCUCCAGUAGCUCCCCGGAACCCUGGCUGGAGACAGUCCCUCUAGUUACUCCGGAAGAGCCAUCUGCCAGCGUCCAGAGCCCCAAGACCCUGCGGUCAUACCCUGCCCUCCAGGAGGUACCUGGUCCCUGUGACCAUGAAGACCUCCUAGACGGUGUCAUAUUUGGGGCCAAAUACUUGGGCUCCACCCAGCUGGUGUCCGAGCGGAACCCGCCCCCCAGCACACGCAUGGCCCAGGCCCGGGAGGCGAUGGACCGUGUCAAGGCCCCUGACGGGGAGACCCAGCCCAUGACGGAAGUGGACCUCUUUGUCUCUACCAAGAGGGUCAAGGUUCUGACGGCUGACUCCCAGGAGGCCAUGAUGGACCACGCCCUGCAGACCGUCUCCUACAUCGCCGACAUAGGCAACGUGCUGGUGCUCUUGACCCGGCGGCGGCUGGCGCGGCGGCCGGCGCCCCAGGCUCACAGCCCCAGGCUCUACAAGAUCCUCUGCCACGUCUUCCACUCAGAGGACGCCCAGCUCAUCGCGCAGGCCAUCGGCCAGGCCUUCGGCGUGGCCCACAGGCAGUUCCUGGAAGAAAGCGGCCUCGACCCCAACCAGCUGGGCGCCCAGCAGAGCCCGGGGGCCGUGGGCCCCGGCCACCUCCACAACGGCGACCUCGACCACUUCUCCAACAGCGAGAACUGCAGGGAGGUGUGCAUCGAGAAGCGUCGGGGCGAGGGCCUGGGCGUGGCCCUGGUGGAGUCGGGCUGGGGCUCCCUGCUGCCCACGGCCGUCAUCGCCAACCUGCUGCACGGGGGCCCCGCCGAGCGCUCGGGGGCCCUCAGCAUCGGGGACCGCCUCACCGCCAUCAACGGGACCAGCCUGGUGGGGCUGCCCCUGGCCGCCUGCCAGGCCGCCGUCCGCGAGGUGAAGUCGCAGACACUCGUGACCCUGAGCAUCAUCCACUGCCCGCCGGUCACCACAGCCAUCAUCCGCCGGCCCCAUGCCCGUGAGCAGCUGGGCUUCUGUGUGGAGGACGGCAUUAUCUGCAGCCUCCUCCGGGGUGGCAUCGCUGAGCGUGGGGGUGUGCGCGUGGGGCACCGCAUCAUCGAGAUCAACGGGCACAGUGUGGUGGCCACACCACACGCCCGCAUCAUCGAGCUGCUCACCGAGGCCCACGUUGAGGUCCACAUCAAAACGAUGCCAGCUGCCACCUACCGCCUGCUCACAGGUCAGGAGCAGCCGGUGUACCUGUGACCGGCCACCGGCCCGCCACUGUGCCUUGGCGCCAGCAGCCCUCGAACUCCGCCUGCGGGGCUUCUGGAGGCUUCUUGGCUCCGUGUUACUCUCUGAUGUAAAAGAUUAAAUGCUUAACAAAUGGGCA